AACGUGCGCGCGUGUUCGAAUCGCCAAUCCGUCGGGCGCGCGAGGGAAGAGGGGCGAAGGACGACGCCGGUGCGCCGCGCGAAGCCGUCGCCGCUGCCACCGCCGACGGACGCAGUCGGUUCGCGUUUCGUCGCGCGAUAUUGUAAUUUUUUUUCUCUCCUCCGCUCGAACGUCCACCGACGGUCGCCGACGACCACGGAUCCCUGCUGCGACCCGUCCAAACAACGUCGGACCCGUAAUGCGCGCACCGUCCCAGCCACGACACUGAGGCCGCGACGGUUCCGAGAAACUCACCGCAACCGCGAACGGGGACAUGGACUCGGGGCUGACGAGAUUCGUCGUGCUCGUCGUGUUAUUCUUCCUGCUGACCGGCGACCUGGCCGGCAUGGUCAGACACGUGUUCGAGGAGGCGGGAUACGGCAAACAGUCGCAGCGGCAUCAGCGGUCCGCGGCGGCCGGUGACCGAGACGCGACCGCCACGACGGAGGCUGCGGCCGCGACCGCGAACCCUGCGGCGGCGGAUCCCGACCUAGAAGCGUUCGCCAAGUCGUAUUCGGCCAAAAUGAAACUGGUCAACACCAUCAAAGAUUCGUGUCUACCCAAACUGAUCUGCGAGCUGACGGCUUCCACAAACCGGGACUCACUGACCGAAUCCGAAAGAUACCUACUUUCGUUGAUAAGAGAGACCACCAUAUCGACUACAGCCGAAGUAACGUCCAAGUAUCACUUUGCCGCGCACAUGGGCCAACUCAUCAACGGCAUCGACAACACGGGAUGUCACAACUUCUAUCCCGGAUGUCCGUUUCCCGGUCUUCAAGUGAUGCAAAUGUUGAAAAAAGUGAAAAUCCUGUGAAUCACCGGCGCAACGAAUCUAGUCUUCGAAAUGUAUAAAAUGUCGUACUACGACACGCACGCGCAAACGUGUUAUAUAAAUAAAUUGUAAUAAAUUAUUGUUAUCAAUAUUAUUAUCAUUGUUGCCAGAGCUUGCGCUAAGAAAAUUUUAGAACUGUCCAACAUUUUAAUAUUUUUGCACGUGCAGAUUAAAUAAAUUUGUCACUCGUUAAAUUCGCUUAACAAUCAUUGUUUACUAGACUACAUAUCGACUACACGUGUAAACAUUUUAUACAUUACUUUAUUUAUUACAAUUUGUAAAUAAUAAUAACAGAUUAAAAUA